AUGCGAAAAUUGGAAUGGGAUAAUAUGGGAGUGAAAAUGGAUGGUCGGCAGUUACACCAUCUUCGCUUUACUGAUGACAUCGCUCUUAUAACACCAAACCUUAGCGAAGCGGAAAGAAUGCUUGCCGACUUUGAUAAAGCCUGUGGAAAGACUGGCCUGCCUUGUACUAAUUCUCACAAAAGCGAUGUUUAUAAGGAAUGGAUUAGUUUCGUAUUUGGAAUGCCCCAUUCACGCUCAACGAAACGAAUAUCUCCGAAUGCUCCCAGUUAUAUCUAUCUAGGUCGGGAAAUCAAUGUGAUGAGCGACUUGGCUCCAGAGUUGAGUAGAAGGAAACGAGCGGAUUGGGGGAAUACUAGCCUUCCUCUACACUGGAGUGAACGUAUAGCUAGUGCAAGGUGUGCUCCUAUUCUGGAAUUUUAA